UGUUUCCCUAGCCGGACAGGUCAUUCAGAGUCUGAAUGGAGUUUAUGCAGCUCACUCCAUUGUCCAAUCCCUUUCCUGUUUCGUUCGGCUUCGAAUCGGGCCUGGAUGUCUGCAGCAGCCCUGAUGUGUGAUGUGGGAUCAACGAGUGUGUCUACUACUGUACUGAAGUGGCUGCAAAGUCAAGUGUUGGUUAGAUAUUCAUUGGUUUGAGGGAGAAGAAUGAUGCAAACGGGAGAAAUCUGAAGAAAAAUUGACUGUCACCACCAGGACUCGAAUCAGGGACAUUCUCUUGAGGCCAGCAUUGAUCUAACCACUGAGCUACGGACAAAAGACAAGACACUUUGGUAAUAGUUUUCUGUUGGUGUAGCGCCGGUGAACCGUUACAGAGUGGUUUGCGGAGCGACGGUGACUAGAGAUCAGUACUCCGUUAGUGGGCAUCACGCGGUCCAUUUAGUCCAGCGUAUUCGAAGAUCAUUCAGGCCAAGUACCGGGUAUUGUCUGCUCCUCACCUUACUGCUCAACGCUUCGUCGAGCGCCGCACCGACAUUGUCGUGAGCCGAGGAACCAGUUAUCAGAUUAGUACCUGUCAGGGGCUGCUGAGCGGAGGACGGAUUGCAAAUAAUUCGCCAGUCCGACGUAGAUCUACGCAAAAGCACCGCACUGUGGCGCGACCGGUUCGUCGGUACGGUAGAUCUACGGAGUCUCAGACUCUCAGACUCUCAGGCACACCGAGAUCAAGAGGUUGGGAACAGAAAAGUACCAGUUGAUUGAACUGCUGGUGACGCUGCAACAUGUAUAGCUGGCCCCUUUGCAUCAUGGUGGGCCUGAUGUGCUUCCUGGAGCUCAGCACGGGCGAAACUGUGGAUGUUUCUACUGUGCCCUGUACCUGGGGAGGCAGGCCGGGCGUUGUCCCGACAAUGCGUUUCCCCAGCGCCCAGACUCGACAGGUAGCAGUACAUCACGUCGUGUUGCGCCCGGCCAGCCAAUGCCUCUGCGGCAGUGCGUACAGAUUCGUCGCCAAGGUGACGGGCAGACGGCCAGGCGACCAAGCGGCACGUGUCGAAGUUUGUUUCAAUGAUAUUUCACUCAGGAAUGGCGACCGCCUCAUAUUGAAGCGACACCACAUGGCAUCGGGACAUCGUCGAAACAUUUUAGCACUCAGUGAGCAAGGACAGAUCGGGUCGCCGUGUCGAGAAGUCUCUCUUCUGUACCGGGAGGUGCUGGAGCUGCGCUUCAAAGUCUCCUCCACGUGCGCGCAGCAACUGUCUGGCGACGCGCCCGGUUUCAAUGUGACGUUUCGCUAUCUGUUUCGGCAAGUGACAUGUAACAAGCCACAACCAGGCGCACUGCCGAAUGGGAUCAUUACACCGGAGAAUGUUGCUGUGUUCAGUCCGGGAGAUCUCAUCCGGUUCGAGUGCCGCGAGAACCACUCGCUAGUGGGGGACGACCGGUGGUACAGUACGUGCGGAAAGGACGGAGAGUGGAGCACUCCGGUACCGCGCUGUUCGACAGAGGAAGAAUGGUGCCCCAUGGUUUCGCUGGACAUUGCUCAUGCUGCUGUCAGUGUUCCGGCAUCGCGUUCCGUCGGCUCUGUGCUCCGUGUCAGCUGUGCAAGCGGUUACUUCUUGCACGGCCAGCCGCACUACACAUGCCGCAACGAUGGAACGUGGCAGUCGGCGUACCUCAUGCACGAGAUUGAAUGCAGCAGGCAGGUCAACUGUCCAGUACCGGAAGACGACGGUGAUGUCAUCGUUGAGGAUGAGAUUUACCCAGGUUUUCUCUCCUUCGCCAAGCACUGCUGUCGACCGGGACUGGAAGGCUACGGCUGUGGUCCAGGGCGGAUGUGUGACCGGUGCGUUUCGAGGAUCUGCCUCCGAGACACCCACAAGUGGAGCGGCACACCACCCAAAUGCCGAGCGGUGCAGCCUCUUUGGACAAGGCUGUACAACAGCUUGUUCCAGCCGGCACUCGAGUCCAACACAGCUCUUGCAUCAACCCGCCAGUCAUGUCAACACCAGGACGAUAGUGAGAGUGAUCAUACAGAAUCUGGUGAUCACAAUGCGUCCGCAGUGGCGCACACACCACUGGUCUGCAGCAGGUCAAUCACGCAGGACCUUCGCGGCUGCUACGACCUGGCGUUCCUUCUGGACGCCUCGCGCAGCAUCAGCGACGACGUCUUCUUCAACACCUCGCUGCCAUUCGUGCGUGUCGUCACCAACUACUUCACCAUCGGCGCGGAGCGUGCUCGUGUGUCAGUGGUUCUCUUCCAGAAGACAAGUGUGUUCCUUCUGGAACAAGCCAAUGACACCAGGAGGGUCUAUAGGACACUGGGCAACAUCACACGGCCGAAAAUGGGCAACACAAACCUCCGGUUUGGCUUUGAAAACUUCAUCAGACGAGUGGCGUUGGAUGUGUACAACGGAUCUUCGGCACACCGCAGACAGUGCAAAAAGGUAAUGUUCGUUCUCUCGGACGGGGAAAUCAACGACGGUGGCACACCUGAAGAAGCGGCAUCCACGCUGAAGGAACUCGGCUGGGAGAUAUAUGCCAUCGCGCUGGGCCAGCAGUGGGCGACACAACCGCAUGCUGACUUCGCUUCCAUUGCGUCACUUCCACACUACGAGUACAUCUUCAAGCUGGCGUACCAGUCGCAGAAUCAGCGUCGCCAAUGUGGCUGUACAGGCCAGCCUAAGAAGGUGGCUAGGCAUCACCAUCAGGAGAACAUUGAAGAGUUUGUCAGGAGCGUCGUGCCGGUCAAAGGAAAUUACGAGGAAUGUGGCCGUCCCAACUCACCGCUGUCUGGCUACACGGGUCGAGAGAGGAUCAUAGGUGGCAAGGAAGCACGGUUUGGUGCUUAUCCAUGGCAGGUUGCUCUGGCGUCCAAACGAACUGGCAAGAUCUUCUGUUCGGGAACGCUCAUUUGCAAGGACAAUUGCAAAUGGGUGCUGACAGCGGCGCAUUGCUUCAGGGACCGUACACGACGAAUAGCACUCAGGGCAGAGGAUGUUGUCGUCCGCUUUGGCGAGAACGACGUGACGGUGCUCGAAGGCAGCGAGUUUGAGUGUGAUAUCCGGCGUAUCAUGUUUGGCAGAGGUUAUAACGGCAGACCAGAAGAUGGCAACGACAUAGCUAUGGUACUGCCGGCGUGCAGCUUUGACCUCUCCGCCCAGCGUCGGUGUGCGUGUUUGCCUGAGGGCCCUGCUGAUCAAGCUCUGAUGACAGCCGGGUCGCUGGUAGAGAUCGCCGGCUGGGGAGCGCGCAGUCUCGAUGGCCAUGUCAAAUCGGCAUCUCAUGUCUUGCGAUGGGCUCAGCUGAGGAUAGUCAGCCGACGUCGCUGUCAGAAGAGCCAUCGCCUUCUCGACAGCAUGGUGUGUGCUGGUGGGGACGUGGAUAGCAAUGGUGAUGUCAUGGAUUCUUGUUCAGGUGACAGUGGUGGGGCAUUGGUUGCUCGUCGCAAGGAUGAUUCGUUUGUCGUGCUGGCAGUGCUGAGCUAUGGCCAGGUCAACCCGGACGAUCCCCGCAUUGUGUGCGGGCAACCUGGAUACUACGGUGUCUACACAAGCAUUCAUGCCAGCUUGCCAUGGAUCAAACAAAAGAUGGAGAGCGUCUUGGGCUGCUCACGAUGACCGAAGUUAUAGUGGAAGUGCUUUGCUUGGGUCUUUUGAAGCGGCAAUGGUCACCGGAUGCGUUCAUGAUUUCAUCUACACCAUCAGAUUGUUUGUCCAGCCUGGCCUUGCGAGACUCUGUCUCUAAUGACUCUCGAUCUACCCGUGCGUGCGUGCGUGUGUGUGUGUGUGUGUGUGUUGUGUGUGUGUGUGUGCGUGCGCGCGCGCGCGUGUGUGCGUAAGUGUGUAAGCAUUUGUAUGUGCGUAUGUUUGUGCUUGCACACAUGCAAUGGGCAUAUGCAUGUUUGGUACCUAUCUUCUAUAAAGCAGCACCCUGAACUAAUCCAUAUUCUUUUAUAAUUCAUUAUACUGUUUUUAAUAGGAUUCCACGCGCCGUAUAGACUUGUAUGGAGCAUAAUUAUUAUGAAACAAGCAAGAUCGCACUCUUUGAUCUGUCCUUGCUACAUUUUAUCAAAGCAUAUUUUUACGAACUCAAUUCUUUUUCUCUUGAUAAAGCUGGCUUUCAUGUUCUGUAUGUCUGCAUGUAAUGUCUUCUGAAAACUCCCCUCACAAUUGCUA